GGUGAGGAACUCACAUUGACCCCAAGACCCCGGGAGGAAUCAGGCAGGAGGCCCUCAGGCGGGUAGCAGCCGGGCCUCCAGCAGCCCUAGCAAUGUUUAGGAUAUGGCAGGAAAGGCAAGACCCCGGCACAAGAGUCGAGGAGAUUGUGGGUGAAAAUGAGGAAGUAACUCAGCGGUUGAAAGCAGGGACUAUAAAGGAGGAGCCCAUAGUCGUUGAGUCUGACGAUGAGGCGCAGGAGGCGGCGAGAGAGUCGGCCUCGACCAUCGUGGAGAGGAUGGAGGAUCUGCUUGCAAAGGUGGGCAGAUACCAAGAACGAUUAAGGGUGAUGUGCGGGGAGGCCCGGGAGUGGGAAAUGAACCUUCCUGAGGUGAUGCUCUAUGGAUCCGGUCCGGAAUCGCCAUCAGGGCCGCAAGGGUGUCCAAGUGUGGCGACGACCGGGGCAGGUCCUAGGUCAGGGAUGACCUUCAGACCCCCUAUGUCGCAUGGAAGGGCACCACAGGCCGCGCAGACUAAGGGCCAAAGUAAGGCUACCCCCAGUCAAGGGCCUAGCCAGGCACCCAGUCGGGCGCCCCCUCGAAAGGAACCUGAGCCCGAACGAAGAAAGGAAGUGGUAGAGGUUGGAGAAGAGGAAGAUGAGGGUGAUGACGAAGAGGACGAGAGACUCCGGCAGGAGGAGGACCGGAGGGCGGAACAGAGGGCCAAGAAGAGGGGGGCUCAGGGAGGGGCGGAGCCGAGUCCGCAUGAUGGCGUGCCAAAGAGGAAGAAGUACGCGGUCCGGCUGGAGGAAGGCUUUGACGUGGAGCGAAUGGUGGAUAAGCUCAUGGAGGGCCAUAACGAUCUGAUGAACUUAAAGGACAUUCUGGCGUCAGCACCGAGGCUCCGGGGCGAGCUGAAAGGGCGGCUCUCACGGAGGCAUGAAGGGACGAUGAUUCUGGCUUUGUCCGAUCCGGCCUGUGGAAACUAUGAAAUCAUUAAGUGCCGGAACACAGGACCCAGAAGCGGGAGGAACAGGCUCAACCUCGGCUCCUUUACCUUCGAGGAGUCUGAAUACUUGCGACGGAGACUCCGGGAGGAGCAGGAGGAGGAAGGAGUAGGCGAGGUAUUAUCCCUGAGCCUUAACGAUGUGAAUAAGGCAAUGGAGGUGGUGGCGGCGCAUGAUAUGGCAGACCCUGAGGCUAUCAAGGCGUUGAGGGAGCAGGAUCUGCAACGGUUGAAUGCAGUGACGGUGCGGGACGCGGGAGGGUUGCCAAACGCGGAUGCCCUGUCGGAAUCAUGCGCAGGGAGGCCUAUAAUCUCACUUAUAGACCUUUAUUCUGGGUAUGACCAGUUUCCUGUAUACCCACUGGAUAGGCCAGUGACGGCGAUGCAUACGCCAAGGGGGCUGAUCCACAUGAAUGUGGCACCUCAGGGGUGGACUAAUGCGGUGGCAAUGGUGCAAAGACACAUGAUUAGGGCCAUGCAGACAGUUAGCCCACAUAUCACUCAGCCCUACAUUGACGACUUGGUGGUCAAGGGUCCAAAAGAGAAGGAGGAGAACGAAGUGAUGCCGGGAGUGAGGCGGUUUGUCUGGAAGCACGUCCAGGAUAUCGAUCAAGUUCUGGGUCUGUUGGAGGAGCACAACCUAACGGCGAGCAGCCCCAAGUCGAAGCAUUGCAUGAGGGAGGCCACAAUUCUGGGCUUUGUUUGCAAUGAAAAGGGGUGGAGGCCAGAUGGGAAGAAGACAAACAAGAUCCUAGAGUGGCCAGUUCCCUUCCAAUCGAUAACGAACGUAAGGAGCUUCCUCGGGACCUGCGGGUUUUGGAGGAGUUUUGUGAAGGACUUCGCCACCAAGACGGAGCAUUUUAGGAAGCUGGUACGUCGGGAUCAGGAGUGGAUCUGGGGCGAACACCAGGAAAAGGCUGUGGAAAGGAUGAAGAUAGAAUUCAAGGAAGGAGGCUUGGUGCUGGGAGCGCCGAAUUACGAGGCCACGGAGGAGAAGCCAUUUGUUGUUGAGACGGACGCCGGGCCAACUGCCUUAGGAGGGGGAGUAGCAGUGGAAGUCCCUCGUCAGGCCGAGCCGAUGGAGGAGGCGCCCUUGGACGCAGUCGAGAAGGGGAGUGGCGCGCAGGAGUCACUUAUGGCUAUGUCCACGGAGAGGAAGGGUUCGUGCUUGCAUAAGUUGGCGACAGCCAUGGGGAUAGGCACUCCACAAGAGGGGCCUCAGGGACUUGACGCUCCAGAGCAUGCCCCGAGGUUGGGAGAGUUGAGGGCGGAGCUGGGCUCCUGGGCCACAGGGACGGACUCAGGAGGGCCUGACUCGAGACGGCAACAGCGGCAGGAGGUCAUGAGUGAGCCCGCCGCUAUGAGGGGCUCUCAGCCGACAAGAGUAUGCAGGGAUGAGGCGGCGAUGACAGAGAGCGCUCAUGAGGAGGGGCCCCGGGAGUUGGACACGCCAGAGCGCGGGCCAGGGAGUGCGGCUGCACGAGGGGGUGAGGGUGCUGAGGCUAUAGGGCCAGGACCGCAGGGCCAUGUGGGGUUGCCCUCGUGUCAUGAGGUGGCUACUGAGACCAUUGGGACGCCUUCGGCAUCGAGUUCGCAGGGGGGAAAGAAGAAGACUGCUAGGUGGCAUGAUACCUCCUGUUUUUGGUGCAAGGAGGGGGGAUAUAGAGCCGUGAACUGUCCAGAGCUCCUUGAGGAUAAGGCCGAAGGGCGAGUCGCGGAGGUCGAUGGCAAAUUCUAUGACAGACAGGGCAGGAUAGUGGAGCGAGCUCCAGAUGGGGGCAGGGCCCAGUUAUACAGACAGAACCAGGAGGAAUUGUGUAAGUAGGGAUCGGUUUGUCUAUGCAUUGAUAGGACUAGAGAUCUUUGACACACACAGGGCAGGGUUGGAGGUGUACAUACCUUGAG